UCCACACCUCUGCGCUCCUACAACGCAUCCUUCACAUGUUCAAAACCAAGUGACACUGCAAGUUCGGCAAAUUGCCAGAAGGUUAAGAGUAAUACCUGAGAUAAACAGCAUGUGUUUAUUAACACCCUUUAAUAUGCUUCUGAGACUGUUGCUCAUAGGCCUACCUCUUACCAGCUGCUCCAUUCCUGUAGUACCUGCAGGGACCUUCACAACCAAUUGUCAUGAACGCCACUUCUGGUUGUCUGUCAAGGGCAGCUUUCUGGGGAGCAUGGUGCAAUUUUACAUUGAAGACAGCACUGGUGUCCACUUCCUGUCCAGUCAGAGGGCUGCAGAAUGUGGCUACACUGUGGUCUUGAAUCACCGUGGAAACCUUGUGUUCCGUGCCUCCUACCUUGCCUGCUAUGUAGAGAAUAGGGGAGACACUGAGUUUAGAGUUAGUGUACGGUUUGUCAACAUGCAGACUGAUGGCAGUGUUAAUGCUUACCCUUUCAUGCUUCAUUGCUCUCUGGUUGGACCCUGGAGCCUGAGAGAGAUUGUCUGUGAGGAAAAUUACAUGGAGGUUUCCGUUAAAUGGCCAAUCCCGAUUGUUUCCCGUGAAGGAGUGAAAUGGCUUGAACUGCAGUCUCAGACAUUGGAAGAGAGAGUUAAGCAGCUCAGAACAGGGCAAGUGAUCUUCUACAGACCAGGUGACUUUGACAAGACACCCCGACAGAUCGAGGAUGUCAAAGCUAUAGGGUACCACAUCACUGCCACUGAUACUCGGAUUCUUCUGCGCAGUGCCUACUCUUCUCUUCUGUCCUAUACCAUUAAGGAAAAGAACGUUCAAGUGGAGGCAGUUAGUGCCAUCAUAAUUUUACAGCUUGAAGGGACAUCACCCAUCCCUGUUGAGAUUUCAGUGGCCUGCGCAAAGACUAAGGCUGUAGUUGAUGGCCUGUACCUUCUCUGGUCAUUCCCUCUGGCCCUUUCUCCUCUGGUGCGAGGUUGGUUCAGAACUGGUGCGAUGAGGUUGGGAGUGGACGGCAGAGUGCUGAGUGACUGUGAGAUGCGCAACAGGGGUUAUAAUGUGUCACUGAAAGACCAGACAGUAAAUAUUAGGAUUCCAUUUGACAAAGAGGGAGCAAAAAUAAAGAGUCAUGUCCUUAAGGGCCAGUAUGCUCAAUCUCUGUCAUUGGAGUUCUUUUGUAUGUAUCACUGGGAUGACGCGAUUUGGCCUCAUACUCAACACCGUAGCUUCCUACUCCUGCGCACACCGUAUAUGCUUAGAACACCAAUUGUUCUCAACAACACAGAUCCCUUAACAGAGAUGUUCUCUGUCACCCUGGGUGUAUUUCCUGCUGAUGUGUCACUUCAAAAUAUUACACUUGGGCUUGACACUAUGACAUGGACAGAGGCAAAACAACACAAUAUUCAUUUGAAACAGAUACUCUUCAGCAAUGGCAGCCAUGCCUAUGAACUUCAAGUCCCCUUCUCCCACCCCAUGGUCACCCAGAGGGUAAUUAGUGGACAUUUCAGGAGGCAAAGCUUGGCCCUGACCUUUGACCUUGUCAUCUUCCCUGAAGAAGAGCACUUCAGCUAUAGAACUAAUGUAAUGUUUGAUCAAAAAGAACCAGCUCUUUCGGCUGUGCUGGCGGGCAGUUGUACAGAGAGAGGAGUUAUGGUGGUUCUGCACUACGGCUCAGAGGAUGUGCAAUGGGAGCUGUAUGUGGGGGACCGUAGGCUGGACUGGGAGCUCGUGCAGCUGGGAGGCUACAGGCUGGAUGGCGGAGAUGACCAUUUCAGCGUAGAGAUACCUCUGUACAGCCCUGGAAUAGCUUAUGAGGACCUGAAUUUGAAAAGCAUGAUUGUUAAGGUGGAGGUCAGUGCUGUUAACAUGGUGACACUGAAGGCAGAGCACUCCCUUGUCCAGCGCUGCACAUUUCCUGUUCGAGAUUUUCUGGUUUGCCUGCCAGAAGGAAGGAUACUGGUGGUUACAGACACAACUCGCUCCAUCCCUCCCACCAAGCCUAACAGCACCACUCUCCUGGACACAUCCUGUAAACCCACUGCCACAGACAGCUCCAGAGCUCUGUUCAACUUCAGCUUGGACUCCUGCGGCACCACCAUGACUGUGGAAGGCAACUAUCUGCUCUAUGAGAAUGAGAUAAGAUACAGCCAGAAAUUUCUUCCUAAAGAAGACCCCCUCAUCCACAUGGACUCACCAUUCAGGCUGACAUUACAGUGUCGGUACCCACUUAACGUCACCAGCGCACUCACGCUUCAUCCCACUGCUAACACAACCAUCAAACAUCCUUCAUUACCACAAGAACUGAGACAAGGGCUGAACUGGACAAAGCCUCUAAGCAGAGGUCUAAGAAUAACAAAAGGCUUGAAAGGCCUGUGAAAUAAUCCUUUAGCUGCUUCAUAUGGUAUGAAGGCGUGCAGUUCAUUGUCCAGGGUAAUGCAGCAAGGAGUUAAAAAAACAAAUGCAUUCCUCCGAUGUGCAUGUGGGUACAAAGAAAGACCAAUAAAAUUAAUUUGCAUAUUCAUAGUUUAUGUAUUUGUGUCAUGGGCUGAAAAUAAUUUCUAGACUAGAAAUGGUUUUACCCUCCUUGUUGCAAAAUGAUGAAGGCUUUUGUGUAAAGUUCAGGGUGAUCA